UUUCCCAGAUUAAAAUUAUUUUCUUUUCAUGUGAAGAAAAUGAAAAUGAAUUUAGAGAGAGAAAAGUUUUCAAAAAAAGUUUUCUUUAUGAAGAAAUUUUAAAAUCGGAUCAUUACAUACACUCUACUUUCACUCGUUUCGAUUCAUAAACUAACAAAAGAACAAAAGCCAAAUCCCAUUUUCUCCAAACCUUCCUUUCAAUCUCUACAUUUUUCCAUCUCCGUUGAAUCUGUAUACCCAAAAUCUUUAAUACACAGAUCUACGUCGCUUUUCUCGUCGACCCAGAACGCGGAUAUAUACGCAUUAGGUAUACGAGAUUUCUUGGAUUUCGUGAUCAGAUAGAAAAACACCAUCAAAGCUUUCCUGAUACCGUCUCCAUCGACGACCAUUUUUGGGUUAAAAAUUUAGAAUCCGAGGAAUUUUCUUUUGAUUUUUUCUUCGUGGGUUUUAAUGGGUACGGGGAGGGGGGAGCACGUCGUAGAGAUCAUGAGAGCAGCUCGUGAUUCCGUUUGAACCAAACAGUGGGUUAGUGAGAAAAGUGAGGGGAAAAGAUUUAAGCUCCCCCCUUUUUACUGGGUUUUGUUUAAAUAAUGAGAUGAGCAUAAAGAGGUGGGCAUAGCAUGCGAGACUUGGGUUUUAAUAAAAGGGAAGGAGCGUCUUAGAAAACCCACAGAGAGCCGAAGGGAAUAAGAAUAAAUAAGUUAGUGGAGGAUGCAGGAAGCAAAGAAGAAGAACGGUUCUAGUGAAGAUUCCAAGAAGAAGGAACGCCAUAUAGUUACCUGGACUCAGGAGGAAGAUGAUAUACUCCGAGAGCAAAUUAGUUUGCAUGGAACAGACAAUUGGGCCAUUAUUGCUUCCAAAUUCAAGGAUAAAACAACAAGGCAGUGCAGAAGAAGAUGGUAUACAUAUUUGAAUUCUGACUUCAAGAAAGGUGGAUGGUCACCGGAAGAAGACAUGCUAUUGUGUGAGGCUCAAAAAAUAUUUGGUAAUAGAUGGACAGAAAUAGCAAAGGUGGUUUCAGGCAGAACCGAUAAUGCUGUUAAGAACAGAUUCUCAACGCUGUGCAAGAAGAGAGCAAGAUAUGAAGCCUUGGCAAAGGAAAACAAGAAUGUGAUCAUGAAUACAAAUAACAAAAGAAUUUUAUUUCAAAACAAUGUUGAUGGAACAGCAGAAAAUGAUGCACCUCUUAAGAAAAUGAGGAGAAGCCACAUCUUGGACCUCACAGAAAAUGGCGAUUCCGGAGACAGAUUGCAUAAACAAAGUGCAAAGAUAAUGAAUCAACACCCAAGACACCCCUUUGCUGUCAUUGUUCAGAACUUUCCCAAGGUUAACAGCUCGGCAGCACAACAUCAUGCUGGCAAUGUCAAGGAUGUCACUAGUGAUGCUCAGAAUAAUAAAAGAGAAGGAAUAUAUAUCAAGAAAGAUGAUCCAAAGAUAACUGCUUUGAUGCAACAAGCAGAAUUGCUCAGCUCACUGGCACUGAAAGUUAAUACUGAGAACUCAGAGCAGAGUGUAGACAAUGCUUGGAAGGUUCUCCAAGAUUUCUUGAAUCGAAACAAAGAUAAUGAAAGUCUCAAAUAUAGAAUCUCUGGUAUUGAUUUUCAACUUGAAGAUUUUAAGGACCUGAUAGAGGACCUAAGGAGCAGUAAUGAGGGAAGUCAACGAUCUUGGAGGCAACCUGAUCUAUAUGAGGAGUCCCCCGCUAGCUCUGAAUAUAGUACAGGAUCAACGACAAUGCCCCAUAUUUCUGGUGAUAAAACAGAACAAACUCAAGAUGAGACGGAUCCACUGAAUCAGCAAAUUGGAACAGAACUACAGUCUGUUCACAGUGGCAAGGGAAAUUGCAUUGACGAGCAGGAGAGAGAGACUCUUUCCAACCUAAAUACAAAUGAAGUGGAGUUACUCACAACUUGUGAUGGACAAGUAAAUGAAAAUGGAAUUGUUUCUGCCUCCUCAAGUACGGAGUUCAGUUCCCCUCUUCAUUGUACCCCACUUUUCAGGUCUUUAGCUGCAGGAAUUCCAAGCCCAAAAUUCUCAGAAAGUGAAAGGAACUUCCUAUUGAAAACACUUGGGAUCGAGUCCCCUUCUCCGAAUCCAAUUGCUAAUCCUUCACAGCCACCACCCUGCAAAAGGGUUCUUCUUCAGAGCCUAUAAACAACUUCUCUUAUCGAUUCACAUACAGAUUUUACAACCUCCAGACCAAUUACAUCCUAUCUUUCAGUCCCUUGGGUCAAUAUACCUAUAUCAAGUUUUAUCUUUCCUGUUUGAACAUAGUUUCCUAGGUUUGCAGCCAUUUCGGCCUGAAGUUUUAUAAAGAGGCAUGCCAUGAUCUGCAUUCCGAGCUUACUGAUCUAGAAUGUUACGGUACAUUCUAGCAUCUCAGACACAUCAAACCAUGUGUCCUGGGUUCUACCUUUUCCUUCAAAUUUCCCUUUCUCCUACUAAGAGGGUACGACCUCAAUACUCACAUCUAAUAGCAGUGUGCUUGUUAAUGUGUGUCAUUCUUUUGUUUGUCUUCUCACAAGAUUUUGGAUUCAGAUACUGCUUUUGAUCCAGUUUUUGGUCUUGAUUUUGACAUUUUUGUACAGAACCUACUAUUUAAAUUCCCUAGUGAGAUUGUAAUUACACAUCGGCAACUCGCCCAGUAUAUGAUCAAAAGAAACAGAGAUCUCCCCAGAAGAAAAAAACAAGGUUAAAGAGGAUUAACCAGUUGAUUGAAUUCCUAUUUAUUGUCUUUAAGGUGUGCAAAGGGUAUAGAAUAAGUUUUCUAUCCUUCAUUAUUUUUUUCUUUGUCCCUGAUUUCUAAUGUAAUAGAACUUAAUAUGAUUUGAGUGGAAAUAUGUUUUUGACUUGGUGUGGAUA